AUGUCCAAACGGGUCAAGGCCAGUCUUCGGAAGCUGCCGAGGAACAGUGAAGGUCACCUGGACAUCGUGAAACUGUCCAAGUACUUCUUGGAGCUUGGCGACUCUCAGGUUGAAGCUGACGACUCGAUUCCUGGUACAGCGAAAACUAGGCGGGAUGUCGCCUCCCAGGUGCGAGAAGCGCGGGAGCUCAGUGGCGCCAUUACCAAUGUGGCCGACGCAGAAGCCUGGUUCCGAGCAGUACCAAGUGGAGAAAAUGUCAUGACGUUGGCACAUGCUCGAUACAACUUGAAAGAUCCACAGGCUUUCGCGCAAUUCCUACAAGAUUCGGAUGUUCGGUUGGUACGAGCCAAGUUUGACCCCCAGUCGUUGUACCUUUCUGAUUUGGUUCUCUCCAAGCGGCCGUUACCGAGACGGCAAGAAGCUGAAACCGAGACCUUCACGUGCGGUGGGAAGCCUCAGAGUGCGUUGGUGACGCACGAAGAAGUGCAAAAUUGGGCCAAUGGGACCCAGGAGGCGAUCAUUUGUUCCAUUUCCCACGCCUGGGAAACCCGGGAACAUCCAGAUCCAUGUCGGCACCAAUUGCAGCAGAUCGUCAAUCAUACUGGACUUUACGGUGCUGCAUUCAAAGCAGACAUUUGGAUCUUCUAUGAUUACAGCUCGCUCUUCCAAUACGAAAGAACCAACCCACAUGAAGAGAGGAGCUUUCGAAAGGCGAUGAACAACAUGCACCUCAUGUAUGCUCACGAAUGCACUUUGACAUUCAGGAUCGAAACCCUUACUCCAGAGCCUGUUUGGAACACCAUGCUGGCUGAUGAAGAAGCUGUUGUCCGAGUGUAUGAUGCAGGCAGCAAGACUCUGAAAGAGAAGCCCUUGAAGCUCUUGGAAGCCAACAGAACUCCAUACUUACUGCGAGGGUGGUGUAUGGCAGAAAUCGAAUGGUCAUCUCUGAGAGGAGUGAAUGCACAACAUCAACACAUCGACAGGCCGAAGGAUCCGAAGGCUGAGACGCAGAAAUCCGAUGAUCUCAAUGGGAGAGUGCCUAUGAUCCCUGAGAAUUUCAGGAAGCAAAUGGGGCAAGCAAAGUUCACCCAUCGCUCGGAUGCUGACGCAGUGAUCUAUUUGCAACAAAAGAUUUUCAGGGAGAAGGUGAUCGAAUGCCAACACUUGGUGUUGGAAGGCCUUCCGGCCCAAGAGAUCUCGGCACUAGCGCAUGCACUCCCACACUACGAAAAUCUGAAGAGCUUAACGCUGAGGAGGUUUCAAUGUGGCGAGGAAGAGGCAACGUCCCUAGGGAAGGCUUUGGCAUCAAGUCAAGUGGAGACGCUUGAAAUCCGUGGCAUCGAUGAAAGUGGCCGCUUCAUGGUGAAGGCUCUCGCGGAAGCCUUGAAGAUCAAUUCCAGUAGCUCCUUGCGGAACAUGAAUUUGGAAUCUAAUGAGAUUGGUGACGCGGGAGCUCAGGCUCUUGCAGAAGCCUUGAAGAUCAAUAGCUCCUUGCGGAACAUGAAUUUGGCAGGUAACAAGAUUGGUCCCGAGGGAGCUCAGGCUCUCGCGGAAGCCUUCAAGACCAAUAGCUCCGUGCGGGACAUGAAUUUGGCAGGUAACAAGAUUGGUCCUGAGGGAGCUCAGGCUCUUGCAGAAGCCUUGAAGAUCAAUAGCUCCGUGCGGAACAUGAAUUUGGAAGAUAACAAGAUUGGUCCCGAGGGAGCUCAGGCUCUCGCAGAAGCCUUGAAGAUCAAUAGCUCCGUGCGGGACAUGAAUUUGUCAGAGAAUGACAUCGGUGACAAGGGAGCUCAGGCUCUUGCAGAAGCCUUGAAGAUCAAUAGCUCCGUGCGGAACAUGAAUUUGGAAGAUAACAAGAUUGGUCCCGAGGGAGCUCAGGCUCUCGCGGAAGCCUUCAAGACCAAUAGCUCCGUGCGGGACAUGAAUUUGGCAGAUAAUGGCAUCGGUGACGAGGGAGCUCAGGCUCUCGCGGAAGCCUUGAAGAUCAAUAGCUCCGUGCGGGACAUGAAUUUGGGAUAUAAUGAGAUUGGUCCCGAGGGAGCUCAGGCUCUCGCGGAAGCCUUCAAGACCAAUAGCUCCGUGCGGGACAUGAAUUUGGCAGGUAACAAGAUUGGUCCCGAGGGAGCUCAGGCUCUCGCAGAAGCCUUGAAGAUCAAUAGCUCCGUGCGGGACAUGAAUUUGGCAAAUAACGAGAUUGGUCCCGAGGGAGCUCAGGCUCUCGCAGAAGCCUUGAAGAUCAAUAGCUCCGUGCGGAACAUGAAAUUGGAAGAUAACAAGAUUGGUCCCGAGGGAGCUCAGGCUCUCGCAGAAGCCUUGAAGACCAAUAGCUCCUUGCGGAACAUGAAUUUGAAACACAACGAGAUUGGUCCCGAGGGAGCUCAGGCUCUCGCGGAAGCCUUGAAGACCAACAGCUCCGUGCGGGACAUGAAUUUGUCAUGUAAUACGAUUGGUCCCGAGGGAGCUCAGGCUCUCGCAGAAGCCUUGAAGACCAAUAGCUCCGUGCGGGACAUGAAUUUGGAAUAUAACGAGAUUGGUCCCGAGGGAGCUCAGGCUCUUGCAGACGCCCUGCAGAGGAAGACUUGGACUGACGGUGACCUGGACGACAGUGACUUGGACGACGGAGCCAAGGAGAGUGCUGAUCAAGUCCCCGGCAGACGCCCUUUUGAAGCACCGGUUCGUCUUAAGGGCCUAGCUGAAGCUUUGAAGACGAACACUUCCGUGACAAGCAUCGACCUGUCUUGGAAUUCCAUCGGCGUUGAGGGAGUGAAGGCACUAGCCGAAGCUUUGAAGAAGAACACUUCCGUGACAAGCAUCGACCUGGGUUUCGAUCACAUCGGCGAUGAGGGAGUGAAGGCACUAGCUGAAGCUUUGAAGAAGAACACUUCUGUGACAAGCAUCAACCUGACUUGCAAUUCCCUCGGCGUUGAGGGAGUGAAGGCACUGGCUGAAGCUUUGAAGACGAACACUUCCGUGACAAGCAUCGGCCUGGGUUUGAAUUCCAUCGGCGAUGAGGGGGUGAAGGCACUGGCUGAAGCUUUGAAGACGAACGUUUCCGCGACAAGCAUCGACCUGCUUGACAAUUCCAUCGGGGAUGAGGGAGUGAAGGCACUAGCCGAAGCUUUGAAGACGAACACUUCCGUGACAAGCAUCGACCUGCUUGACAAUUCCAUCGGGGAUGAGGGAGUGAAGGCACUAGCCGAAGCUUUGAAGAAGAACACUUCCGUGACAAGCAUCGAUUUGGCUCGCAAUUCCAUCGGCGAUGAGGGAGUGAAGGCACUAGCUGAAGCUUUGAAGACGAACACCUCCGUGACAAGCAUCAACCUGGAAAACAAUUCCAUCGGCGAUGAGGGCGCACAGGCACUAGCCGAAGCUUUGAAGAAGAACACUUCCGUGACAAGCAUCGGCCUGGGUUCCAAUUCCAUCGGCGAUGAGGGAGUGAAGGCACUAGCUGAAGCUUUGAAGACGAACACCUCCGUGACAAGCAUCAACCUGGAGAACAAUUCCAUCGGCGAUGAGGGCGCACAGGCACUAGCCGAAGCUUUGAAGAAGAACACUUCCGUGACAAGCAUCAACCUGUCUGCCAAUUCCAUCGGCGCUGAGGGAGUGAAGGCACUAGCCGAAGCUUUGAAGAAGAACACUUCCGUGACAAGCAUCGACCUGGGUUUCAAUUCCAUCGGCGAUGAGGGCGCGAAGGCACUAGCUGAAGCUUUGAAGACGAACACUUCCGUGACAAGCAUCGAUGUGGGUUCCAAUUCCAUCGGCGAUGAGGGCGCGCAGGCACUAGCCGAAGCUUUGAAGAAGAACACUUCCGUGACAAGCAUCGACCUGGGUUUCAAUUCCAUCGGCGAUGAGGGCGCGAAGGCACUGGCUGAAGGAUUGAAGAACACCUCCGUGACAAGCAUCAAAUUGUGGGACAAUCCCAUCGGCGAUGAGGGAGCACAGGCCUUGAAGCAAGUGAUCGAGGAAAAGAAGAAGAUGGGUUUCGAGCUCGACAUCGAAUUCUAG